UUGAACCACGAGCAAGCCCGUGUGUUUCGAAUUAUUGCCAAGCAUAGUAUGCAGUCCUGCCCAGAGCAGCUUAGGAUGUUUCUUGCCGGUGCAGGAGGAACGGGAAAAUCGUGCAUUAUACAUGUCUUAAGAUUCUUCUUCUCGGCUCGACGACAGACUCGUCAUUUCCGGCUAGCUUCAUUCACUGGGGUGGCGGCCAAAAAUAUAUCUGGUGUGACACUCCAUUCACUGCUCAUGUUGGGACAAAGA